UUUUAUUUGGGACUCAAUAUUCGGGUGAAAAAGGCGAGGGACUCCGGAGGGACUUGUUCGCUCCGGCAGCUGCAUACGCUUUCAGGGGGUCCUUUUCCGCCCGUUCCUGCCCCCGUUGAGGUAUUUUGUCCCGAGCCGGGUCCCGUCUCUUUGUGCGGAAGCCUCCGCAGAACCAUGGCCGAAUACUCCUAUGUCAAGUCCACCAAACUCGUGCUCAAAGGAACCAAGACCAAGAGUAAGAAGAAAAAGAGCAAAGAUAAGAAGAGAAAGAGAGAAGAGGAUGAAGAAACCCAACUUGAUAUUGUUGGAAUCUGGUGGACAGUAACAAACUUUGGUGAAAUUUCAGGAACCAUAGCCAUUGAAAUGGAUAAAGGAACCUAUAUACAUGCACUUGACAAUGGUCUUUUUACACUGGGAGCUCCACAUAAAGAAGUUGAUGAGGGCCCUAGUCCUCCAGAGCAGUUUACUGCUGUCAAAUUGUCUGAUUCCAGAAUUGCCUUGAAAUCUGGCUAUGGAAAAUAUCUUGGUAUAAAUUCAGAUGGACUUGUCGUCGGGCGCUCGGAUGCAAUUGGACCAAGGGAACAGUGGGAACCAGUUUUUCAAGAUGGGAAAAUGGCUUUACUGGCCUCAAAUAGCUGCUUUAUUAGAUGCAAUGAAGCAGGUGAUAUAGAAGCAAAAAGUAAAACAGCAGGAGAAGAAGAAAUGAUAAAGAUUAGGUCCUGUGCUGAGAGAGAAAUCAAGAAAAAAGAUGACAUCCCAGAAGAAGACAAAGGAAAUGUAAAGCAGUGUGAAAUCAAUUAUGUAAAGAAAUUUCAGAGCUUCCAAGACCAUAAACUUAAAAUAAGUAAAGAAGACAGUAAAAUUCUUAAAAAGGCUCAGAAAGAUGGGUCUUUGCAUGAGAUGCUUUUGGACAGGAGAGCCAAACUGAAAGCUGAUAGAUACUGCAAAUAACCGGGAUUUUUGUUUCUGUCUUAUCUUUUUCUUUUUUCUGAAUAAAAUAUUCAGUGGAAGCACUUUUACAGAG